AUGACGUCAGCCCGCGGGCGGGACCUGGACCAUUAUGACGUCAGCCCGGGGCGGGACCUGGACCAUUAUGACGUCAGCCCGCGGGCGGGACCUGUUUAUCGGUCACGUGAGGCGAGGCCGCUCUUCCCCGGGAGCUCAGGUGGGAACAGCCGCCGUCGCUCGGUCCCGCGCCCUUUCCCCUCCCUUCCCGAGGCGUGCGGAUGGAGGGGAGGGGGAGAAUGUCAGUUUCUGGGCGCCCUCUGGUCCUCCGAUUACAGAGCCGUGCCACGCGAUGACGUUAGGGCGCCGAUCGUGGCGGAUGACGCCGGGCGGGCGACUGGACGCGGUUUCCCGGUGUCCCCGGAUCGGGUUUUAAAGCCGUUGCUGUGGAUGGAGAGACAGGAACGUGAGCGGCCAUUGGUAGCAGCCAGGGUGCCGAAACCGAGCCAGUUGGAGACCCACCAACGGGUGCACACGGGAGAACGCCCCUUCGAAUGCUCCAACUGCGGCGAGACCUUCUCCUGCUAUGGCAACCUGUUGCGGCACUACCAAGUGCACUCUGGUGAGAGGCCCUUCGGCUGCUCCGAAUGCGGCAAGAGCUUCAAGUCAACGAAUCACCUGAAGGUCCACCGGCGAGUGCACAGCAGCGAGAGGCCCUUCACCUGCUCCGACUGUGGCAAAGAUUUCAGGUUGUCGCCGGACCUGAAGGUGCACAGGCGCCUGCAUACUGGGGAGCGGCCCUACAGCUGCAGCGACUGUGGCAAGGGCUUCACCCGCUCCAAAGCCCUGGUGCAGCACCAGCGCAUCCACACUGGCGAGCGCCCCUAUACCUGCGUCAAGUGCGGCAAGGCCUUCUCCCGCUCCAGCAACCUGCUGUCCCAUCAGCGGGUGCACGCCGGCGACCUUCCCUUCCCCAGCCCGAUGUGUGAAUAG